AUGUUCAGAGAGAUAACAGACGACGAGGAGGAGCCAACAACAUCUGCUGUUCCGGAGGACACCACUGUAGACACUGCAGCUCCAUCUGAAAUCGAAACUCCUCAAAAUGCCCAGAAUGGAGUGGUUGAGGAGGCUGAGGAACGCACACCAAUCGUGGAGGCAUCAUCGUUACCAGCGAAAACACCCAUAUUUGAAGCUGUUAAUUACCCGACCAUUCCACAACUUUCUGAGGCCGCCAUGACUUCGUCGUACACGAGCACCGUGGCACCACCGCGCUAUGAGAGUAUCACGAAAGGGUAUUUGGAAAAGAACAUAUCCAUUAAUCAUGAGCCACAAGUUGCUGAUGCUCCUCCUUUAUAUCCGUCCUUAUCCAAACUUCACUAUGAAAAGGAUAAACAUGGUCUUCUUACGGAGCAGAAUCUGCUUGCAUUUUACCACAACCCACUGUACAUGGCUAGUGAUGAGUUCGUAGAUAGAUUUGUACAGAAUAAUUUGAUAUCAGCGGGUCCUCUUUUUCCUUUGUUGAAACGAUUGAAGAGGCUGAGUGAACAAAUGGGUAUCAGUGAAGUCAGCGAAAAGGAAAACACAGAAAAUCUAACCAAAUGCCUGCGGGACUCCUGGGUGAUGCAACAACAAACAUUUGAGACUAAGGGCAAGUGCGGUGAGAACAGAGAUGCCUCAGGGACGGGUCGCUUCCACAAAGCGGUUCUAUGUAUGCCAAAAGUCGAAGAGUUGAAGAAUCUGCUAGCUGCCAACCGAACCCAUAUGCUAGAUGAGCGAAUUUGCCAAGAAUCCCAAUUUCGAUCCACAGCUUUGCAGGUGCAAUGGUUGAUAAUCUCUAUCAAUCAACAAUUUAUGGAAGAGAAUGGCUUGUCACUGCAAAGUCCUCCGACGCUACGAGGGUUGGUUCUAGUGCUCGAUACUGCCGCUCCAUCGAAUGGUAGAAUCCUACUUUUGAACGCUCUCUCCGACAUCUUCUUCCACAUGCGGUUUCCGGCUUUGUCCAAGCGAUUUCUCGAUGCACUCGUUGGCUGGGCGAGGGAAUUGGUGUGCGUCUUGAAUAUGUCUUGUCAGUGCGAGGAUGCGCAGUUCGUUUUGAAUCACUUACUGCGUCUUCCGUCGCCGAUAUCGGAAUGGGCAGGGCCUUUUGUGCAAACUUUCAUCCAGGCGCCGACACCACCAAAAGUCAAAGUUGACUAUUGUAUCACCAUGUUAUCGCAUCUAAUGAACCCAGUUACCGCACAACCCUUGUUUUCAGCUGUAGAUAAGGGAGAUCAGUUUGUCGCAUUAGUGGCUUUCCAGCUGCUGCUUAUGAAGGUAACACUUUUGAUCGUAGUUUUUGGUUGUAUAUUGACUAAAUUUGAGAUUCUCGACUCUGGACUAUCCACGUAUUGUGCUCCCGCGUACAAGCAAUUUUGCAAGCAGAUAGGGAAUAAUUUGAGGCUUGUAUCUUCGACUUCUCUAGUUCUUUACUUCGCUCAAAUUUACAAUUUUCUGUAGGC